GCUGGGAAAAGGAAUGCCAACAUGGACCCGUGGAAGGACGGGCGGUGAGUGUGCUCCGACAAUAACACGACGGAGGCAGCCACCAGACACACGCAUAUUCUCAGAAGUCGACGGCGCCGCUUCCCUGCACCGAGCCUCCUCCCGCCGGCACAAGGUUUUCUGUGAUUCCUCUUCUGGAUAGAGUUUCCUCGUCCCCCUCUACAGCGUUCGGCCUGGAUCAAUGGUGUCUCUCAGCAGCAGAACGCUGAGUUUGGAGAAUGACCUGUUCAGGGACAGCAGCAGCAGCAGCCUGUUCUCCCUCGGCCUGGGGGAAGGAGCUCGCAGCGAGGGGGGCAGUUUGGCCUCUUGUGACAGCCCCGAGGCCGGAGAGCUGGGGGCGAUGCACAGCUCCAGCCUCGGAGAGGAGGAAGACGAGGACGAGGAAGAAGAUGAAGACGAAGGGGCACGUCUGCAUAUUUUUCUAGAAGCAGUGGGAGAAGGAGACCCUGUCAGUCAGGAGCCUAAGCUGCCAGAAUUUUCUUUCCAACCCUCCUCCCCAUUCUCCCCGACCCUGGAGGACAUAGACGAGUUCCUGAGGGAAAAGAUGGAACUGGUCAAAGAGGGGCUUCUGGCCCCGAAAGAGGAGGCGUCCCCUCUGCCCUGCAGCACCGCUGACUCUCCAUCCUCCACUGCACCCCUGGUUGCUUCCUCAGAGACUGUCAGUGACCUGGGGACGAGCACUUCCGGCCCAGAAACCCCUCAAACUGAGACAAGCAACUCCAACCCAGCUGACCCUUCCCCUUCUGCCCACGUUAGCCCCUCGCCAUCCGCCGUGACUCCGCCGAUGCUCCUGGGUGCUCCGGUGGUUCUCCAGCUCCAGCCCCUUCCUCUGGCCCAGCCUCAGCCUCCAGCAGGUUCUCCCCCCGGGGCCCAAAGUGGUAUUUGGCUCACUCAUCUGGUCAUGGGGCUCCAGGGUGGCGUGGGGCAAAAUCUCACCCUGUUGGCCCCCCAGGUGCCCUCCACCCAGACCACCUUGUUGUCGCUAAACAACGGGGACAACAAGUCAGCUGACCAGAAGUAUGUGAAGAUCGCCCCUCUGCCCAUUACCAUGAGGACUCUAGAGAUCACGGGCGUGGCAGGCGUCGGGGCCCAGGGCAGCGGUCUGUUGAAAGCGGUGGCCCCCCGGAUGACCAGAGUGCCGCCCACAGAGAGGGUCCACAAGUGCUCCCACCCCGGCUGUGGGAAGAUGUACACAAAAAGCAGCCAUCUGAAAGCUCACUUCCGGCGGCAUACGGGAGAGAAACCCUACACAUGUAGCUGGCCCGAGUGUGGCUGGAGGUUCUCCCGAUCCGACGAACUGUCCCGUCACCGCCGCUCCCACUCGGGCAUCAAGCCGUACGAGUGCUCGCUGUGUGAGAAGAAGUUCGCCCGCAGCGACCACUUAUCCAAACACACAAAGGUCCACCGAAGCUCCAGGCCCAGCAGGAUCAUCAGAGCCACAGUGUGACACCUUCAGCUGGCCUACAACACCUGCCCCGCCUGCCCCGCCUGCCCGGCCCCGCUCUUAUUUAGGCGGUGGGGAGGGGGGGCAGGUCCAGGUCUCCCUCAGGACUUUUGGUGCUUUAUGAGCAGAACUUUAAGAAAAGCUUCAGAGCUGGGCUGCUGUUUCACAGUCACGGUUUCCUUCCUUUCUCUUCCACCCCCCUGCAGUGUUCCUUCUGAGCAGCUCUUCUCAUAACGAGCUAACAGCCACCUCAGGAAAAACUCUGCUGAAAGUGGAUUUCCUGGCCUUUACACACCCACAUACGGCAAAAUGCAAAGUCGUACAGAGGCCCCUAUUGCAACUUCUGCUUGCUCUGCUGCUCCUGUUGCCAAGCUACAAGGUGCUGGUGGAAGUAGGGUGGAGCCCGGUUGAUGGGAGCAUCUGCAAAUCUAUUAUCUCUUUUCUACUUUUGCAAUUCGUCCCUCUUCUUCAAAGCCAAACUUCAGGGUUCACAUGCACUUGAAGCUUCCAAGCGUUUUGCUCUUUUUAGUGUCCCAUUGAUGUCACGUGUUCCAAUCAUAAGGCUAAGAUGGACCUCAUUCACGUGACGGAGCACGGCAGCCGUCUCUUUAGGGUGAAAUUCUGAUUAAAGAAAAAAAAACGUCUCCUCAAAGCUCUUUGAUUUUCAGAGUCCCUGUCUACUCUGAAUAUAUUUUUUGACUCUUUAUAGCGGAGACGCUAAUCUGGUCACACUGAGCUUGUGGCUUUGCUUACAAUUCGGCCCAGCUGAGAAAAACUCUUAAACUCAAUGUCUUAUGCAUCCAACUCUGGCCUUUUUGUUGCAUUCAUCGAAUCAGUGAUCCACCUCGUUCGGACCCGUUUGCCUUUUCUCAGCCCCCGUAUGUCCCAAUCUCUUUAUCGAUGCCUUUUGUCCAUAUCACAAAACCUCUCUUGAUCCCACUGUUGUACUGUUAUCGUAUGACUGCUCUUAUCUAACUGUGAUUCUGAACAGGGGUUUGCCAAACCAGAAAUCCCAGUUCUGGCCCUGUGAUAGAGUGAAAACGACACCCUUGGUGUGUGACGGUUUAUAAGCUCCUUGUUCUCUGAAUAUCAUUGUUCAGCCGACUUAUGUGGCCUAGGAAACUGCUCGGCCUACACGUUACACUUUGGCUCAGUGGUGCAAAAGUGACGUGAAACACUGCUCUUUAUUAUUUACAGUAGCCGUUCCUGUAAACAUUUUCUGUUGUUUUAUAGCAGCAAGAAAAGCUACUAGUUUAAACAGCUGGAAAGGCAGCUAACAUCUAUUCAAUCAUCUGUAUUAGCAUACUCAAUAUAACGUGUACUGAAUAUAAAGGACAAAGAUAACGUGUACAGCUUGUAGCCUUUAUAUAGUUUUUUUUUUUAAAUCAAAGAGGAAUUUCAAUCAGUGCAUUAAGCUAUUCAGUCGUGUUUCUGAAGAGGUUUUUGGUCUGUUACGUGAGUCUGAUUGUAGCGUGAUCAAUCUGGAAUGUCAGACUGAUUACAGUCUGGGAUUUGGAGUCCCACUCUAUCCAUUCACAAAACAUUAAGCUAAGUCUGCUGGUCUCAAGUGCACUUGUGUUAGUGGAAAGUGAGUUAUUGUGCUCUUAUGGCAGUUCCAUAAAAUGUAACGGAACCAUAAAAUGCCAAAAAAAGAAGAAAAAAAAGUAUUUUCUAUGGAAGGUUAAACUGUGCCGCUCAGUCGCUGUUGUCAUUUUGCUCUCUGAUCUUUACACUUUGGUGCUUCGUUAACCUACCAGUGCUCCACAAGACGAGACUGUAUAACUGAAAGCAUAAAAGCUUCACAUAACUGGAUUGUCUCUGUUGAACCAGCAGACUCUUACUAUUACAAACCGUAGGCUACUGGCAAUCUUAACCUUAGCUCGAGCAACAUUGGUGCUUUUGGAUAAGCUCAAACGUAGAGCACUUCUGCAUGUAGCAGUGCACAGUCAUUUACACAGCAAUCAUCCUUGUAUCUUUGUCUGUUAGCAUUUUGGAUACAGUAGUUUUCUUUCAAAAACAAACCACACUCUGUAACGUAGAAACCCGUUCAAAGCAGCCAGACGGGCAGACGUGUUUAUCUGUCUGAACCAGCGCUGUCUUUGUGUCUGAGCCUCCCCGGGCUGCUUCUACUGACCUACAUCCAGACCUGUAUUCCCUAAUCAGCAUCCAGUCGUCUCUCCCUCGCUCUCUUUCCCUCAUGCUUGUGUAUCUGGAUAAACACAGGUGGUGUUUUUUUAUUUUAGUUUUUUUUUUGAAUACCAGAAAUGCUAUUUUCCUAUUUGCAAAAAUAAAAAGGGAAAAAAAGAAAAA